ACGAAAAAGAACAGAAAUGGAGAAGAAACAAGUGAGUUACAAGUCCAUUCUGGUGCCGAGUGUUCAACAGCUGGCCUCCAGUGACUCCGUAACCACCGUCCCAACCAGAUACCUACGCCCUGAUCAACAAGCAGCCGCCGUCGCUGACGAUCUCUCCGGUCUUCAGAUCCCGGUCAUCGAUUUCCGCAGCUUGCUUUCUGCAGAUUCCAUGGAAUUUGAGUCGUCAAAACUUCAUCAUGCUUGCAGAGACUGGGGUUUCUUCCAGUUAGUAAACCAUGGAGUAAGCUCAUCUUUUGUGGAAAAGGUAAAGAAAGAGAUAAAAGAGUUUUUCAACAUGCCAAUGGAUGAAAAGAAAAAGCUAUGGCAAACUCCCAAAGAAAUCGAAGGAUUUGGACAAGCCUUUGUUGUCUCCGAAGAACAAAAACUUGAUUGGGCUGACAUGUUCUUCAUCACUGUACGACCAAUUGCUUCUCGAAAACCUUACUUGUUCCAAAAUCUCCCACUCUUUUUUAGAGAUACAAUGGAGGAGUACUCAUUACAACUACAAAAUUUAGCUAUGGUAAUGUUAGAAAAGAUAGGAAAAACACUUAAUAUAAAAAAAGAGGAAAUAAAAGACAUGUUUGAAGAUGGAAUUCAAUCCUUCAGGAUGAAUUAUUAUCCUCCUUGUCCUCAACCAGAGAAAGUUAUAGGCCUCUCUCCUCAUUCUGAUUCUGUAGCUCUUACCAUCCUCCUCCAACUUAAUGAAGUUGAAGGUUUGCAAAUAAGGAAAGAUGGUAAAUGGAUUCUUGUCGAGCCUCUCCCAGAAGCAUUCAUUGUCAACAUUGGAGACAUUUUAGAGAUUGUGAGUAAUGGUGUUUAUCGUAGCAUCGAGCAUCGAGUAAUAGUGAAUGUAACGAAAGAGAGGUUGUCAAUGGCCACAUUUUAUAGCACUAGACCUGGCGGAGCAAUCGGGCCAGCACCUAGCUUGAUCAAUGAACAGAAACGAGCAUUAUUUAAGACAGUGACCCUUGAAGAAUACUUUAAAAGAUUAUUUUCUCAUGAGCUUAAUGGAAAAUAUUUCCUUGAUGAGAUGAGAAUUUGAAAUAGUACUUGAUCAUAAUAAAGGCUACAACAAUUAUACAUGUUGUAGUUUCAAUAGGCAAUAUAUAAUAAUAAUAGUUAAUUCCAA